AACUAUAAAGAAGAGAGGAAAUAUGAUCAAGUUAAGGUCAAAGAGAUUCUGUAGGAGUAGCUCUAAGUUGAGUGGCGGCAGCGGCAGCAGCAACGACAGUGGUGGAAUCUCCGGUGAGAUCAAAUGGGAGCUAAGGCCGGGAGGCAUGCUCGUCCAAAAGCGAGAAUGCAAAGAAAAUAGUGAUGAAAUAAUUACGAUUAAGGUCUCAACAGUGUCGUACUGGCAUGACGUAUCAAUCCAAGCAACCUCUACAUUUGGGGAAUUGAAGAAUUUAUUAUCACUAUUGACAAAAUUGGAGCCCCAAGAACAAAGGCUAUUGUUCAAAGGCAAAGAAAGAGAAGAUGGUGAGCAUUUGCACAUGAUAGGGGUCAAACACAAUGACAAAAUUCUAAUGUUGGAGGAUCCGGCUAUGAAAGAGAGGAAGCUACUUGGGUCGACCCGUACCCGGAUCAUCGCUUCUCCUUAUCACACUAUUACUGCUAAUUAAUCCUAACUAAUCACAUUUGUAGCUCAACAGGCUUAACACUUAACAGGUUUGGCCUAACUCACUAAUUAUUCAAUAAUUACAUGUAAUUGGUGAGAAAAUGUCUUUCUUUAUUUCCUUUUUAGUAAAUAUUUCUAUUUUUGUAUUCAGGUGGUCGUAUUGUACCGUUACGAUAUUAAAAAAAAAAGUGUCCAAAACUGCGUUGUAUUU